AUGGAACCAAGGAACAAUACAGAAAUUUCGGAAUUCUAUCUUGUGGGGCUUUCAGAGGAACCAGAAUUGCAGCCCUUCCUAUUUGGGCUUUUCCUCUCCAUGUACCUGAUCACUGUGUGUGGAAAUCUGCUCAUCAUCCUGGCCACCAUCUCAGACUCCCACCUGCACACCCCCAUGUACUUCUUCCUCUCCAACCUGUCCUUUGUGGACAUCUGUUUCACCUCCACCACCGUCCCAAAGAUGCUGGUGAACAUCCAGACACAGAGCAAGGUCAUCACCUAUGCAGGCUGCAUCACCCAGAUGAACUUUUUCAUACUCUUUAUAGUGUUGGAUGACUUCCUCCUGACUGUGAUGGCCUAUGACCGGUAUGUGGCCAUCUGUCAUCCCCUGCACUACACGGUCAUCAUGCACCCCUGGCUCUGUGUGGUGCUGGUUCUGGUGUCCUGGAUCACAAGUGUCCUGUAUUCCUUGUUACAGAGCUUAAUGGUGUUACGGCUGUCCUUCGGGACACACACUCAAAUCCCCCACUUUUUCUGUGAAUUUAACCAGGUAGUCCACCUUGCCUGUUCUGACACCUUCAUUAAUGACAUUGUCAUGUAUUUGGGAGCCAUAUUGCUGGCUGGUGGUCCCUUCGCUGGGAUCCUUUACUCUUACUGUAAGAUAGCAUCCACCAUACGUAAAAUCUCAUCUGCUCAAGGGAAGUACAAGGCAUUUUCUACCUGUGCCUCUCACCUCUCAGUAGUCACCUUAUUAUAUGGUACGAGUCUAGGUGUGUAUCUUAGUGGGGCUGAUACUCAAAAUUCACACUCAAGUGCAGCAGCCUCAGUGAUGUACACUGUGGUCACCCCCAUGCUGAACCCCUUCAUCUACAGUCUGAGGAAUGAAGACAUAAAGAGAGCCCUGAGAAGAUUCACUGAGAGGAAAACUAUUGUAGAAUAA